AUGAAUCAAGAUACAUUAAAAAGUCCCUCCUCAUCUCACCACAACCCUUCCCAUCUCACCACAAUCCCUCCCCAUCUCACCAUUACCCUUCCCAUCUCACUACAGACCCUCCCCAUCUCACCACAGACCCUUCCCAUCUCACCACAACCCUUCCCAUCUUACUACAACCCUUCUCCUUCUCACAACAAACCCUUCAGCCUCACCACAGCCCUCCCAUCUCACCACAGUCCCUCCCAUCUCACCACAAUCCCUCUCCUUCUCACAACAAACCCUUCAGCCUCACCACAGCCCCUCUCCAUCACACCACAGUCCCUCACAUCUUACCACAGUCCCUCACAUCUCACCACACUCCACCCCACCUCAAUACAGUCCAUCCCACCUCACCACUGUUCCUCCCAUCUCACCACAGUCCCUCACAUCUCACCACAGACCCUCCCCAUCUCACCACAGACACUUCCCAUCUCACCACAACCCUUCCCAUCUUACUACAACCCUUCUCCUUCUCACAACAAACCCUUCAGCCUCACCACAGCCCUCCCAUUAUCACCACAGUCCCUCCCAUCUCACCACAAUCCCUCUCCUUCUCACAACAAACCCUUCAGCCUCACCACAGCCCCUCUCCAUCUCACCACAGUCCCUCACAUCUCACCACAGUCCCUCACAUCUCACCACACUCCACCCCACCUCAAUACAGUCCAUCCCACCUCACCACUGUUCCUCCCAUCUCACCACAGUCCCUCACAUCUCACCACAACCCCUCCCCCAGCUAACCAUAGACCCUCCCAUCUCACCACAGUCCCUCACCAUUUCACCACAACCCUUCCCAUCUCACCACAACCCUCUCCAUCUCAUCACAGUCCCUCCCAUCUCACCACAGCCCUCCCAUCUCACCACAGUCCCUCCUAUCUCACCACAGUCAAUCCCACCUCACCACAGUCCAUCCAAUCUCACCACAGACCCUCCCCAUCUCACCACAGACACUUCCCAUCUCACCACAACCCUUCCCAUCUUACUACAACCCUUCUCCUUCUCACAACAAACCCUUCAGCCUCACCACAGCCCUCCCAUUAUCACCACAGUCCCUCCCAUCUCACCACAAUCCCUCUCCUUCUCACAACAAACCCUUCAGCCUCACCACAGCCCCUCUCCAUCUCACCACAGUCCCUCACAUCUCACCACAGUCCCUCACAUCUCACCACACUCCACCCCACCUCAAUACAGUCCAUCCCACCUCACCACUGUUCCUCCCAUCUCACCACAGUCCCUCACAUCUCACCACAACCCCUCCCCCAGCUAACCAUAGACCCUCCCAUCUCACCACAGUCCCUCACCAUUUCACCACAACCCUUCCCAUCUCACCACAGUCCCUCCCACCUCACCACUACCCUUCCCAUCUCACCACAGACCCUCCCAUCUCACCACAACCCUUCCCAUCUCACCUCAGACCCUCUCCAUCUCAUCACAGUCCCUCCCAUCUCACCACAGCCCUCCCAUCUCACCACAGUCCCUCCUAUCUCACCACAGUCAAUCCCACCUCACCACAGUCCAUCCAAUCUCACCACAGACCCUCCCCAUCUCACCUCACACCCGCAUGCCGUCCUGACCGUGGAAAGCUCUCUACGAUACAAGGAAGUAAGAUAG